AUGCCCACCUGCCUUUAUGGCCUCUGCAGGCACGGAGUGUUGGAGGACUUGCAGCUCUUCUGGGAGCUGGUCGUCGAGCGCUUCUUUGACGCCGUGUGUCGAUCGGAUGGCCGUGGCUCUAAUUGCAUUCACAUGUUUGAUUCACUCACCUCCUCCACACACACAUGCCCGGGACUUGAUUCAAUUGGUUUGUGCAGGCACGGGGUUCUGGAGGAUCUGCAGCUCUUCUGGGAGCUGGUCAUCGAGCGCUUCUUUGACGCCGUGCGGUCGGUGCUGCUCUUCUGCCUCUUCCCCUGGAGGCUCCUCUCCUUCCUCUUCUCUCCGCUGCUGCGCCUCCUAGGCCUCCCAGUCGCCCCCUCACAGGGCCUCCUUCAACCCUCACCUGAAGCUGCCGCAUCUGCUGCAUCUGGUGCUGGUGCUGCUGCUGGUGGGAUGUGGGGUGCUGCUGCGUUCAGUGCGCCAGCAGCAGAUGUGGCGCCGGAAAGCAGUACAGCAGAGCACCUGUCGCAGCUGCAGAUGCAGCAGCAGGAGGAGCACGAGCGGCAGCAGCAGCAGAAUGAGCAGCAGCAGGGGCAGAGCCGGUGGCAGCAGCAGCAGCGGCUGCGGCAAGCUGAGGCGCUGCAUGGACCGCGACUCAUGGACGCCCGGACGUGUGAAGAUAUCAUCCGAGACGCUGGGUACCCCCACGAGGCUAUCAAGGUGGUAACCGAGGACGGGUACGUGCUCACACUGGAGCGCAUCCCCCGAGGAAGGUACCCCUACGAGGCCAUCAAGGUGGUAACGGAGGACGGGUACGUGCUCGCACUGGAGCGCUUCCCCCGAGGAAGGUACCCCUACGAGGCUAUCAAGGUGGUAACGGAGGAUGGUUACGUGCUCGCACUGGAGCGCUUCCCCCGAGGAAGAUACCCCUACGAAGCGAUCAAGGUGGUGACAGAGGACGGCUAUGUGCUCACGUUGGAACGCAUCCCGAGGAAGGACUCUUCCCGGGUGGUGUUCCUGCAGCACGGCAUUCUCGACAGCUCCAUUGGGUGGGUGUCUAACGGUGUGGUGGGGUCUCAAGCAUUUGCAGCCUACGACCAAGGCUUCGACGUGUUUCUGGGCAACAUGCGGGGCUAUGUCACCAGGCAGCACGUGGAUCUUCCUGACCACUGCUCUAUUCCCUCCUCCGUUUUCUCCUCUCCCCACCGCUCGUUCUCACACCAGGCUUCGACGCAGCACGUGGAUCUGCGCAUCUCUGCCAGCAGGUACUGGAGCUACAGCGUGAACGAGCAUGGCAUGUGCGACAUACGAGCCAUGAUAGACUGCAUCCAUCACACCAAGAUCCGCGACCUCGCCCCGCCUUCCCGCCCCUCUCUCGUCCCUCCUCCUUCCUCCCUCACCCCUCCUCCUCGUCCUGGUCGCUCACUGCAUUCAGAUGAGCACUCUUUUAACCAGCAGCAGCAACAGCAGCCACUGAACCCCGUGCAGAGCCAGGAGCACCACCAAUGGCGGCAGCCCAGUCCUUCAGCAGCACUAGAUGCCUUGGGCCUCGUGCACAGCGAUUCUGCUUUUGAGUCGACUCAAAAGCCUUCAGCAGCACUAGAUGCCUUGGGCCUCGUGCACAGCGAGGUGACUUUCGAGUCGACUCAAAAGGGCCUCGUGCACAGCGAUUCUUCGCUCCAUCCUGUUGUGAAUAGUAACGGUUUUGGUACAGGGGGAGGAGCGGGAGGCGCUGAUACAAUGUAUCGGGACAAGCCUCAAACGGGUACGGGUGGUUCUGGGUGGACACCUGGCAGCCAGACGAUGCAGGAUGGCGUGAUGACGUGGCAGCCAGGCUGGCACGAGGUGAGGCCUGCUCCUGUGUCGCUGAUAGAUGCUUUGAGGGAGAGGAGGGAGGAGGAGAGGAGGGAGGAGGAGAGGGAGGGGGAGAGAAGGGAUGGGGGGACAACGGCAGCAGCAGCAGAAGGAACAGCAGCAACAAGUGCCGCAGAGACUUCAUAUCAGAAGCAGCAGGGGCAGCAGCAACAGCAGCAACAGGGGGUGCCAUGGAGUGAGGAGCAGCCGUACCAUCUGCAGGCAGUGGCGCACAGCCUGGGAGGGGCAGCCAUGAUGAUCUACCUCGUCACCCAGCUCAUCAGGAAGCAGCCGCACCGCCUCUCGCGCCUCAUCCUCCUCUCCCCCGCCGGCUACCACGAGAAGACCCCCCUCCUAUUCGACGUAAUGCUCUUCCUCAUGCCAUACGUCGACUCAUGGCUCUCCCACUCAGUACCAGCCGUCUACAUCCCCACGCAGGGCCUGCGCCUGCUCUUCAACAAGCUCGCCCAGGACUUUCAGAACCUCCCCGCCUUGAGGUGUCUGGUGCAGGUACGCCUGGUGCAGGUGUGUUGUGGUGCAGCCGUACCAGCCGUCUACUUCCCCACGCAGGGCCUGCGACUGCUCUUUAACAAGCUCGCCCUGGACUUCCAGAACCUCCCUGCAUUGAGGUGUCUGGUGCAGGCUCUUCAGGCACUGUGCCAGCCGCACUACAGCAUGUCUAGAUUUGCACACAAAGUCAUGAAGCGCCUGGCCCUCCCCUCUCUCCUACCAAUCAUGCAGGUGCUCAUCUCGAACAUCAUUGUAGGAGGAGACUCCUCAGACUGGGUGGGAGCCUUGCGCCAGCCGCACUACAACAUGUACAACAUGCCUGGCAUAGCCUACAACGUUAUGAAGCACUUAGCUCUCAGCAAGCGCGAGCGCCGAUUCAUCAUGUUCGAUUAUGGCUCCCCCGCAGCAAACCUCGCAGUGUACGGUUCUCCCGAGCCGGUGGACAUAGGAGCGUUUUACCGUCUUAUCGAUAUCCCCAUUGAUGUUGUCGCCGGGCGGCGCGACCGUCUUAUUCCCCGGGAGAUGGUCCACUGGCACUACAAGACGCUGAAGGCCGCCGGGCGGCAGGCUUCGUACCGGGAGUUUGAGUACGCGCAUCUGGACUUCACGUUUGCACAUAAGGAGGAGCUAUUAGCAUAUGUGAUGCGGAGGCUCAGGGUCGAUCUGCCGAAGCUGCACCUCAUGCCGAACCUGUCGCCGAACCGGUCGCCGAACCUGCGUGCGCGCGUGGCGGAGUUUGAUAGCUGUCGUUUGCCGGAUGGCGAAGUGGGGCACAUGCUGGUGGGAAUGAGUGAGGUUGACACAGUGCCGGCACUGGUGCUGGCGUUGGUGCCGGCACUGGUGCUGGCACUGGUGCUGGCACUGGUGCUGACGCUGGAGUAUGCUGAGUUUCGCGGCACCAGAGAGGAGAACUGUGUGCUUGUGGUGCGCUGA